AGCGGCCAGCCCGACCGCGGGGGCGGAACGGGGGGGGUCAGCCCCGACCCCAGCCCCCUAGGGAGGGAAGGUGCCCUCGGGCCGCGCCCCCUGACCGCCGCCCCCCUCUCUCGCAGGAGGUAUGUCGCCGGAGGGCAGUGUAAGUCAGCAGCUAAGCUGGAGGGGAAGGUGGCGAUAAUCACGGGAGCCAACACAGGCAUCGGGAAGGAGACUGCCAGAGACCUGGCGCGAAGAGGUGCGAGGGUGAUUGUCGCUUGCAGAGACAUAGCGAAGGCAGAAGCUGCAGCCAGUGAAAUCCGAGCUGAGACAGGGAACCAGCAAGUCAUUGUGAAAAAACUGGACUUGGCUGAUACGAAGUCCAUCCGGGAGUUUGCUGAGAAAUUUCUAGCAGAGGAGAAGGAACUCCAUAUUCUCAUUAAUAAUGCUGGGGUAAUGUUAUGCCCUUACUCCAAGACAGCUGAUGGCUUCGAGAUGCACCUGGGAGUCAAUCACCUUGGUCAUUUUCUCUUGACCUUCCUGUUGCUGGAGCGCCUGAAGCAGUCUGCCCCAGCCCGCAUAGUGAACGUGUCCUCACUGGCUCAUCAUGGAGGCCAAAUCCGCUUCCAUGAUCUCCACGGUGAGAGGAGCUACAACCGUGGCCUUGCCUACUGUCACAGCAAAUUGGCUAACGUGCUCUUCACUCGGGAGCUGGCAAGGCGGCUGCAAGGCACUAAAGUCACAGCAAAUGUUCUCCAUCCUGGUUCUGUCUAUUCUGAGCUGGUCCGGCACUCAUUUGUAAUGACGUGGCUGUGGAAGAUAUUCUCAUUCUUCUUGAAGACGCCUCAGGAAGGAGCUCAGACCAGUGUCUACUGUGCAGUAGCAGAGGAGCUAGACUCUGUGACAGGACAGUAUUUCAGUGAUUGCCAGCCAGCAUAUGUAUCUCCACGGGGUCGGGAUGACGAGACGGCAAAGAAGCUCUGGAGUGUGAGCUGUGAGCUCCUCGGCAUCCAGUGGGACUGAGCAGUGCAGACCUCAAGUGUGUACCUGGCUGAGCCCAGCGAUGCUUCUCCUGGGAAAGGCACUGCUGAGAGACCCCAAGUCUAGAAUGUGAUACUUCAGCUGCCCUAGUGAUGGCUCUAUGGACACAAUCAAGUGUGAAUUUUUGGAAUAUUACACUUGAGGACUGAGAUUUGUAAGCAACCAGUCCUCCUUCCUAGCUGGAGAAUUAGAGCAUCGAUGCAGGGAGCAACCUUUGCUUGGUAUUUCACACAACAGCCAGAGGCUAUUGUUCUCUGGCUUUAGAAUAGAAACGGAGGUUGCAAUCUUAGGUUUCAGUUAUGAAGUAACAAAGAGUUACCUUUAAAGUUUUUUUCCUAACAGUAAUAGUAAAAAGGUAGGACUCUAAACUUACAGUCUAUAAGGUUAUCUUCCGUUCCUAUUGUUGGACCUGGCAGAAAGUACUUUAGGAUAUUAGAUUUAUCUGGCAAUUCCAUGCAAGACAAAUGCUCUCAGGUACACAGAAACAGGUGCUGGCCUUUCUGUGAAAAGCAUCAGAUAAAGAUUUAAAGUGAAAUCAAUGAUUUUUCUCUCUAUUCUCUGUAAGAAGCUGUACCCUAGCCACUGAAGUGUCUUGGCCCCAAAUGCCCAUUGAUUGCAGUAAGUUAACUGAGGGCUGGCUUAUCUUUUGAGAACCCAGGUGUCAGUGCAGGUGAGUGAGAGGUUAAAAGCAAUUGUGCAUAGGCAAGUUAUCUUAUUAAAAAGAAAUUACUAUCUAUCUCUCCUGUGAAGCAUUGAGCAAAGAUGGUCUAAAAAGUUUUUACAAUAACCACCCCUGCCCCAGCUGCACUUUAAAUGACUUUAGAACCUAGAAAAGAGAGCUACAGGACAGGAAAGCAAGACGUGCAGAGAAAUCCUUACCUUUGUCUGCCCAGCAGUUACGGGCCUUGCAGUAGUACCACACAGCCUGCACUUCUGAAAGGCAGCUGGGUCGAUCCGUGUAGUUGUGGGACUGCUCCCGUGGGAGUGCCGCUUUGGUGCAAAUUGCUAGAGUGUGAUCCAUAACCAGAGAUUAUUUCUGAAAGAGUUACAUAGUUAAAAAACAAGUGCCACAGCUCAUAGGAUUACCUUCUGCUUCUGAAAAAAAAAAAAAAAACCAAAACCAAAACACCACCACCACCCCUGGAAGUUUUUUGACUCACAUAUAAGCAUGCCAUUGUGACCAACUGCCAGGCUGGGGAAACAAAUGCUAAUUUUGUGAUUAAUUCUUUCUGCCUGGAUGCUAUCUAUGCAGAUCAGUCCUGUGCUACCUCUGAGCAAUACUGAAUAAAGCUG